GGCCGCCGCAUAUAAAUAUAAAUUCGGAAUGGCUUCCGUCUCUAUCUUUAGUAUCGGCACAGUUUCGCGCUCGGCUCGAUCGAUCAACGUUUGCUCUCGUGCGCUCGCAAACCAACCAACCGUCAACAUUCAAAAAAAGCGUGUACAAUAAUAAUAAUACUAUAUCGUCGCCAUAUUGGAUCAACCCUCGCCCAAUGAGCACACCAUCGAUUUUGCUCGUGUUGUGUGUGCCAGUUGCCGAUCAAGUUUGGAGUUUAACCAAUUAUUUCGAAUUCAGCAAUAGACUAAUCAGGCGAUGGCAGCGUCAAAGUCCUCAGCGGCUGUCUACUGCUGCCGCUACUGUCUGAUAGCUCUUGUGCUUGCUUCGCUGUUGGCGAACGUCAACGCUCGCCCUCGCGAAGGAUCACCACAGAAUUCCCUCAAGGAGAAGUACUGCGCAUUGAACGUGAAACAGCAGGAAACUUGCCAAAAAUGCGCAAAAUUUACCAAAUCAAAAUACGUCUACCCGAUGUGCUGCAACGAAGAAGAUGGCGUCUACAAAUGGUGCACGGAAUACGUGAACUACGGCCAAGAGACGUAACGCACUCGCAACCCUCUCGCGCAGAAGGUUCUUAGACUUUUACUCUCUUUCAUUUUUUGUACUUGUGAAUUAAUGUUAAAAACGUAUUUAUUUAUUUAUACUGGACUGACUAACAUGACUGUCGACGCGCAAAAUUGUGAUAUGUGAUAUAAUAUGUCCGACUCUACUUAACUGUAAAACAUAAUCCACACACCAAAAAAAGCCAUGUGGAUACUUUUGUGAUAUUUGACCCAGACGUAUUUAGAAUAGUGUAUACGUAGCAAAUAUGAUAAAUUCGUAUGAAAUUUGCAAAUUUAAUAUAUAUAAAGAGAAAAUUA